AUGGAAAACUCUACUAUUGCCAAAGACACCUCCUUAGACGAGAGCAAACGCUAUAACAACUAUUUCGUGCCGGAAGGAGACCUCAAGUAUGUUCCCCCAUACUUUCGAGAUACACCCGAAACCGUCGACGAAGUGACUUGUCCGACACGAGGGGAAUGGCCAUCAUGGCUGACUGGUACAUUCAUGAGGAUCGGAGCUGGACGAUUUACCAUACCACUCUCUGAAGAUGGUUCAAAGCCCAAUGCUGUUUUGCAGCAUUUCUUCGAUGGUCUGGGUAUUCUUCAUAAGUUUCGUAUGGAUAAUGGACAAGUACACUAUUCCAGCAGACACACUGCGGAGGGAAUAGUGAGAAGAGCCAAAAGGGACGGAUAUGUCUCAACUGGAAUGUUUGGGCUAAAUGCCAACACGCCGCUCAAAGAGGCUCAAGACCCUUGUUCGGCACUGUUGGGCGCACAACAAUCGCUCUUCCUACCAAAGGGCCAUUUGGCUCCGGAUGAGAUGAAUGUCAAUGUGACGCCGCGAAGAGGCAUGCAUCUUCCCCAAGACGCCAACCCCCACUCGAGAGGCACCGCGUCCGAGAACCCCGAGACGGAGGAGCUGCUCGUCCAUACCGACUUUAACGCGCUGCAGGUCUGCGACGCAAAGACGCUCGCGCCCAAGCGGCUGCUCACGUACGCCGAGAUCGAUCCCGAGCUUGCGGGUUUUGGCAUUUGUGCCCAUCCGCCCAAAGACCGCGUUCGCGGUCACACUUUCAACUACAUCAUCAGCAACCAGGGCGUCUUGUCCAUUUUUGCUCUGGACAUCAGGGCCAAGCCGGCCAAGCUGCUUUGGAAGACUGCACUGCCAUGCCCGCCCUGCUACAUUCAUUCACUUGCCAUGACAGACAAAUACGUCGUCUUCAUCAGAAAUCCUAUCCACAUGGAUGUAAGCGAUACGACGAAGCAGCUCGCUCAAAUGCUCGAGUAUGAACCGGAGUCCCCGACACAAUUCUUUGUCCUCGACAAGGAGACUGGUGAACAUAUAUCAACCUUUAGUGGAAAUGGCUUCAUGUUCUUUCACUCUGUCAACGCAUAUGACUACGUGGACCCGGCCACUUGCGAGGUCAACAUUCACGUAGACCUCUGCAGCUACCAGGGGACCUACAUACCGUACCGAGAGUACAACCUGAGCAACAUCGUCGACCCGGCCGGGCCUUUCCAAGACGGUACGCUUGUGCGGUACGAGCUAUGCAAUGUAUCGACGCAGGGACUGAAGGAGAAGCCCGGCCGCGUCACUACCAAGGCCGCCAUCCCGGGCGUCGCGGCCGAGCUGCCGCGCAUCGCCAAGGCAGCAUCCAUGCGGCCUGGGUAUCGCUAUGUCUACUUCACGGCCGGCAACGGUGGCGCCUCCCCUGGCACCGAGGUUCCUAUUGGCCGGCUGGGCAAUGGACUCAAGGUCGUCCAAGCCGCCUUCUUUGGCAGUCUCGCCAAGUCGGACUGGGAGACGGGGACAUUUGUCCGGUGGCAGCCCGAGAAUGGGGAGAGUUGCCCCUGCGAGCCCAUCUUUGUCGGCAGGCCCGGGGCCACGGAAGAGGACGACGGGAUCGUUCUGACUAUUGUCGUCAACAAACAGGGUACGAGGAGUAUACUAAUUGCUCUGGACGGCAGGACCUUCAAGGAGGUCGCCAGGGCGGAGAUGCCGCAGGUGUACGGCAUGGGUCCUCACGGUUCCUUUAUUGAGGGCUGA